AUGCAGAUUCCUCUAGUUCUCGCAAUUGGCUUCGUUCUCGUGGCAGCUCAACCUGCUCCACCUACCCAACCUUCCACAUCUCAACCACCUAUCACUGAUACACUCAUUAUACUCAGCACCGAUUCAACAGCCAACUCAUCUAGCAACAGCGUUUCAAGCACCACCACUCCGUCUGCCACUUCUACCGAUGGCUCAUCAGCAACGACCACGAAGAACAUUCGUGACAUCAUCGGCAUUAUCAAUAAGGUUUUAGAUAGUAAACCGGGUGAAAUGAUGGAUUAUUUCACGGAUGACGCCAUUUUCAGUUCAUGCGACCAAACUUAUGUGGCGAGAUUCGUGAAAUUAGUACAAAUUACUGAACGCAAAUAUUCAAGUGAAGCAUAUUUUGAUACUGUAGUCUAUAACGGAACUCGAUAUCGAUUUGCACUUGUCCCAUCAAAGAAAAAUUCAUCUGGCUACGCUUUCGAUUUCGUACGUGAGCUUGACUGCCCUGAUGAGAAAGCAUCUUAUUAA